GAGCAAAACAUCAGUGGAAUUACUCGAACGUUCUUAUUCAUUGUAAAGGUUAGGAUCUCGAUUUCUGUACAAACAUCUAAGCGAAACGUCUGUGAAAAAUAAUGGCUUUGUCGGUUCCAAAAGCUCCGGGUGUAUCCCAAAUGUUAAAGGAUGGUGCUCGUAUGUACAGUGGUCUCGAAGAAGCUGUCUACCGUAACAUCACCGCUUGCAAAGAGUUCGCCCAUUGUGUACGAUCCGCCUACGGUCCAAAUGGAAUGAACAAAAUGGUUAUAAACCAUUUGGAAAAGCAAUUUGUCACAUCGGAUGCAGCCACAAUUAUCAACGAACUUGAUGUUGAACAUCCAGCCGCUAAAUUGAUGGUGUUGGCUAGUCAGAUGCAAGAGCACGAAGUUGGUGAUGGAACCAAUUUCGUCAUUAUUUUGGCUGGUGCUUUGCUGGAAAAUGCCGAAGAAUUGCUGCGAUUGGGUGUUACUACCACGGAAAUUGCUGAUGGAUACAAAAAGGCUUUGGAGCGAAUAGUGGAACUUUUGCCAUCAUUUGUCUGCGAAACGGUUGAUACACAAGCGACAAAGACAGAACCGGAGUCAAGAGUCAAAGAUUGCAUUCGUACAUCAGUCAUGUCGAAACAAUAUGGCCAGGAAGACUUCAUCGCCGAUCUCAUUUACCGAGCCUGCAAUAGCAUAUACACGGACCACUUCAACGUCGACAACAUUAGAGUUUGUAAGAUUCUCGGCAGCAGUUUAAUGAAGUCGGAAAUCGUGAAUGGAAUGGUCUUCAAGCGAUUUGUUGAAGGGGAUGUCUCCAGUGCUGCAUCGGCCAAAAUCGCUUUGUACUCUUGUCCGGUGGACAUCAUUCAAACAGAGACCAAAGGAACCGUUCUCAUCAAAACGGCCGACGAAUUGAUGAAGUUCAGUCGCGGUGAGGAAAAUCUGUUGGAGCAACAAAUCAAAGCCAUUGCCGAUACUGGAUGCAAAGUAAUCGUUGCCGGCGCUAAAUUCGGUGACAUGGCACUGCAUUAUUGCAACAAGUACGGCAUCAUGGCUGUGCGAUUGAAUUCGAAAUUCGAUUUACGUCGUUUGUCGAAAGCCGUCAAUGGUAUCGUUCUGCCGCGCCUAACAGCACCGACACAAGAAGAAUUGGGUUAUUGCGAUUCGGUCGUCGUUGAAGAACUUGGAGACACUGGUAUCGUUGCAUUCCGUAACGAGGGCAAAAACCGUAUCGCUACCAUUGUUAUUCGCGGAGCAACCGACAAUUUUAUGGAUGACAUUGAACGAGCCAUAAAUGACGGUGUGAACACAUACAAAACCCUGACCAAGGAUGGACGACUAGUCGUUGGCGGUGGAGCCUUUGAACUUGCAUUGGCUCAUCGUUUGGCUGAAUAUGCAGACACUCUUCCCGGACUGGAACAGUACGCAGUGCGAAAGUUCGCCACCUCGUUGGAUGUUUUUCCAAAAGCAUUGGCUGAUAACAGCGGAGUGAACGGUACAGAGUUGGUGCAGAAACUGUAUGAGGAUCAUUUGAAUAGUCGGUGGUACAACGGUUUCGAUAUUGAUUCCGAACAACCAGCGACGGUGAAUUGCUACGAAAAAUCGAUCGUUGAAACCUAUGCCGCCAAAUAUUGGGGUAUCAAAUACGCUGUGGAAGCGGCAACGACCAUUUUGAAAAUUGAUCAAAUUAUCAUGGCGAAAAGAGCUGGAGGGCCAAAGGUGCGAGCACCGGCACCCGAUCAGGAUGAUGAUUAGGCGCUUGUCGGAAUGUUUUAAGUUUUGCAUUAAUUUUUCUUUUUAACUGUAACUGAGUAAAAAUGCUAAUUUAGAUCACAAAUUUUGUAUUAAGAGCUUCGUUCACCUCAUCUUUCGAUCAGUUAGUUGUGCAAAUUAUAUAUUUGUUCAGUAUUUUUUUGCAUCAUUUAACCCAGUCAAUAAAAUAUUUUUAACAAAACACAAA